AUGAGUAUCACACAUUGUAUCUUCGAUUUGGAUGGUCUCUUGUUGGACACCGAAUCACUUUAUACAGAAUGUUUACAGAAAUUAUGCGCACCUUAUGGAAAGAAUUUCACUACUGAAACGAAAUUGAAAAUGAUGGGCAAGUCGUCAUUAGAAGCUGGACGGAUACUAAUUCGCGAGUUGGAUUUGCCAAUAACAGAUGAAGAAUAUUUAGCUAAGUCAAAUGCACUCUAUAUGGAAACGUUUCCUUCAUCAGAACUUUUACCCGGAGUUGAACGUCUUAUUCAACACUUGGCUGAUCACAAGAUUCCCAUAGGCAUUGCUACGGGAUCUUCGUUUGAAUUGUACAAACUCAAAACAAGCAAGCAUACUGAAUUAUUCAAACUAUUUGAUCCAAUAAUAUGCACUGAACCAAUGGAAUUACGUUUAACUAAACCAGCACCAGAUAUAUUUCUUGCUUGUGCAAAACAAUUUUCUAACCCGCCGCUUUCAAUGAGUCAAUGUUUAGUAUUUGAAGAUGCUGAAAAUGGUAUUCGAGCUGCUCUUGCGGCACAAAUGCACGUUGUAUUCGUGCCAAGUUUACCAAUCAAUACUUACGAUCCAGAAGUGAUCAAACAGGCAACAGUUACAUUGGACAGUCUUCUUAAAUUUGAUCCGGAUCUGUUUGGUUUACCGGCAUUUAAUGAUGCAUAA